AAUGGAUGAUGACGAUGAUGACAUUCCCCAGCUUUCAUCCCAUGCGUUGGCUGCACUCCAGGAGUUCUAUUUGGAGCAGCAGCAGCGAGAGGGCAUGAAGACCUCCCAGAGGUUUAACCAAUAUUCCCUUGGCUCAAUAGAAGAAGACUGGCAACUGAGUCAGUUUUGGUACAGCGAUGAAACUGCGUCGUGCCUGGCUAACGAAGCGGUUGUGGCAGCUGGAAAAGGUGGCAGGAUAGCGUGUGUUAGCGCACCAAGUGUGUACCAGAAACUGAAAGAACAGGAUGGCAAAGAUUUUUCAGUGUGUAUCCUGGAGUAUGACAGAAGGUUUUCUGUGUAUGGAGAAGAAUUUAUCUUCUAUGAUUACAACCACCCUUUGGACUUACCUGCAAAUCUCCUGCCGCACAGUUUUGACAUUGUAGUAGCAGAUCCACCCUAUCUCUCUGAGGAAUGUCUUCAAAAAACUGCAGAGACCAUCAAGUACUUAACAAAAGGAAAGAUUCUACUUUGCACAGGUGCAAUCAUGGAGGAAGAGGCAGCAAAGCAUCUUGGUGUGAAGAUAUGCAAGUUUAUUCCAAAACACUCCCGAAAUUUAGCCAAUGAAUUUCGAUGUUAUGUGAACUAUGCUUCUGGACUGGACUGAUUCUUAUAAGAUCUAACAACUUUUUUAGUCAAGCUCCUUUCUGGUUUUUAUCAGUAACUCAACAUUUCUCAGUGCUGAAAUACUCAGCAUGAAGUUCUGUUUUCUGGGCUAGCUUUAAUCAACACAGUGAGAUGGUCUCUCUCUUUUAAAUGUGCAAACAUUUGCAGUUACUGUAUUUUGUAUUGUACCUAUUAGGUAAAUGAGGACCAAACAAUGCAGGUGCUGGAAAAUGGGAACUUCUUUUCUGAGUUUCAUUCUAAC